GACAAGUCAGGGAAGCAGUAUAAAACUCUGUCUGCCUCCGAACACACCGGUCGCCCCUAUGUUCUUGGACAGAUCAUUCGGACCAACUCCCGACCCUCAACACGCCGAUUACCCAGACACCACCCGAGUGUGGAUAACAGUGGGCAUUUGAUUCACCUUCGACAUCUCUUUCCUUACCUCAGUUCAAUGGCGGCUGCUGUUGACACUCGCCCCGUCCACCGGGAUGGCGCAGCCCUCGAGGCCAUCUCGGAUGCCGUCGACACGGUCAACAUUUUCAGAGCCAUGGCUUCGGCGCCAGAGGCUUUCGACGCCCAGUCUCGCUUCGACGCCGAGAAAGACAAAGCUGCAUUCCGACAGUACGGCGACGCCUGCGAGCGGGUCAAGACCUUCUACGCUGAGCAGCACACCAAGCAGACCAUGGCGCACAACCUCGCGGCGAGGGAGCGCUUUUACUCGCCCUCUCGGAAAAGGGCCGAGAUGACCGUCUGGGAGGCCAUCGAGAAGCUCAACACUCUGAUUGACGACAGCGACCCGGACACGGAGCUCAGUCAAAUCCAGCACCUGCUGCAGAGCGCCGAGGCGAUCCGCCGCGACGGCAAGCCGCGCUGGAUGCAGCUGACGGGGCUCAUUCACGACCUGGGCAAGCUGAUGCUCUUCUUUGACGACUGCUGUGAGGGCCAGUGGGACGUUGUGGGCGAUACGUUUCCCGUGGGGUGUCGGUUUGAUGAGAGGUGUAUCUACCCGGACACGUUUCGGGCGAAUCCGGACUUUGGGCACGAGGUGUACGGCACCAAAUACGGCAUCUACGAACCGGGCUGCGGCAUGGACAAGCUGAUGAUGAGUUGGGGCCACGACGAGUAUUUGUAUCUGGUGCUCAAGGACCAAAGCACUCUGCCGCGCGAAGCGCUGGCCAUGAUUCGGUUUCACUCGUUUUACCCAUGGCACAAAGAGGGCGCCUACCGCGAGUUCAUGGCCGAGAGCGACGAUGUGCUUCUGAAGGCUGUGCAGGCUUUCAACCCGUACGAUCUGUAUAGCAAGUCGGACGAUGUGCCAAAAGUGGAGGAAUUGAAGCCUUACUAUUUGGAACUCAUCGACGAGUUCUUCCCACAGAAGAUCAUCAAGUGGUAACCAAUGGUGGAUAGCUCGGAGGAGGGGUUCAAUCCCGGAUAGACCAAUUGUGAUACCACAGCGACUGUUUCAGCGCAUGUU